CCUAGCUCCCUGCAAAGGCGUCACUCUGUUCAUCUACUCUUAAAAAACCCUAGCAGCCAUUCCCCUUCCCCUUAACCCCCGCCAUUACCAAUGGCAACAGCUGCCGCCAUUCCCACCACCACCGUUCAAUCCUUCGAAAAUGACAUGGCCACUGACGGCGCCGUUCCUCUACCCGCCGUCAUGAAAGCUCCGAUCCGACCCGACGUCGUAACCUACGUCCACUCGAACAUUUCCAAAAAUGCCCGUCAACCUUACGCCGUUUCCAAAAAAGCUGGUCAUCAAACCUCCGCUGAGUCAUGGGGUACUGGACGUGCUGUUUCACGUAUCCCUCGUGUCGCCGGUGGCGGAACCCACCGUGCUGGGCAAGCUGCUUUUGGUAACAUGUGUCGUGGUGGUCGCAUGUUCGCUCCGACCAAAAUCUGGCGCCGUUGGCACCGUAAGAUCCCCGUUAACCAAAAGCGUUACGCUGUUGCUUCAGCUAUUGCUGCGUCUGCUGUUCCUUCGCUUGUCCUUGCGCGUGGUCAUCGUAUUGAAUCAGUUCCUGAGCUCCCUCUUGUUGUUUCGGAUUCAGUUGAGAGCAUUGAAAAGACUUCUAAUGCUGUCAAAGCUUUAAAACAAAUUGGUGCUUAUCCUGAUGCUGAGAAAGCUAAGGACAGUCACGCGAUUCGUCCAGGUAAAGGUAAAAUGCGUAACCGUAGGUACAUUUCCCGUAAAGGUCCACUGAUUGUGUACGGAACCGAAGGUGCUAAGCUAGUGAAAGCCUUCCGUAAUAUCCCUGGAGUCGAAAUUUGCCAUGUCGAUCGACUGAAUUUACUGAAGCUUGCUCCUGGAGGUCAUUUGGGAAGGUUUAUUGUGUGGACUAAAUCAGCUUAUGAGAAAUUGGAUGAGAUUUAUGGUUCCUUUGAUAAGGCGUCUGAGAAGAAGAAGGGAUACGUGUUGCCCAGGCCUAAAAUGGUGAAUGCUGAUCUGGCUAGGAUUAUUAAUUCUGAUGAGGUGCAGUCCGUUGUGAGGCCAAUCAAGAAGGAUGUUAACAAGAGGGCGACAUUGAAGAAGAACCCACUUAAGAACCUGAAUGUGCUGCUGAAGCUUAACCCGUAUGCAAAGACUGCAAGGAGAAUGUCUCUUUUGGCUGAGGCUCAACGUGUUAAGGCUAAGAAAGAGAAGCUUGACAAGAAGAGGCAUCAAGUCACUAAGGAGGAGGCAUCAGCUAUCAGGGCAGCAGGCACAUCUUGGUUCAAGACAAUGAUUUCAGAUUCUGACUACACAGAGUUCGAGAACUUCACAAAGUGGCUUGGUGUUACACAGUGAAGGGCUUUUUUGUUUUGAAAUCAUGUUAGAAACUAUUUUGUUUAUUUGUUGGUUCAGUCUGAUCUUCUACUCAGCUUUGAUGGUCCAAACUAUGAAAGAGAUUAAGUGGGAGGGAAAUUACAUGCUCAAGUCACCUAAGUUGUUACUUGCACAUAUAUUUCCUGACCACAUUUUGUUGUCAAGUUUUGUUUUAGUUGGAGUGUUAUUUUUGUCAGAUAUGGUAUUAAGUAUUUUAUGGAAUAGCCUUUGUAAUGAAUUGCUCUUCGACAUCGCAUGUCUGAUUUAUCACUUUGAUAUGUUCAGCCUCU